UUAGGAGGGUUUAAAGGCGGCUAUCCGUCUCUGCGAACAAAACACCCUCCUCCCCCUGUCACGUCCAAUCUCCAUAUCCUUCUCUUCGAAGAUCCUCUCACCCUUUCUUUCAAUUUCGAAUAUUUCAUUGCAUUAUUUCCCCCCCUCUUUUCUUCCUUUCUCAACCCCUCUAAAAUUUUCCCACUUCUUUCAUUUAUUUCGUAGACAAAACGAGAAAGGAAAAAUCCUAGAGAAAGCUUUGAAUUGUAGGCAUUCCUUGUACACGAAAGCGACAUAGCUCAAACAUGUGGAGAAGCUUACUUAAACAAGCUUCCCAUACACACAAGUCUAAAUUUGUUCCUGAAUCAUGUACUUCCUCGCUUUCGUCAUCUUCUUCUACAGGGUUUUGUCAGACUUCUGCUUUUAUCAAUAAAUUCAGACCUUCCAAGGCCAUAAACCAUGGUUUUUCUGGGUGCCCGAUUCUGGGUUUUCGAGAAAACUAUGUCUUUCCCUCGCAAAAGGAUUGUUUGGGCAGAUUCGGUUUCUCCCACUCAGGUAACCCUUUAACUUUUUCUGGGAAAUUUUGGAACUUCAAAGGGUAUGCAAGUGCUGCUGAGGCUAUUGUUUCUAAUGAAGACGACCUUUCGGGUUCUGAAGAAAUCAAUGAAUUAGUAGAAGCAAUGAUCAAAGAAGAGAGGAAAGAGUCUUUUUCAAAGCAACCAAAGAUAAUGGUAGGAGGAAUGGGGGUGGCGAAGUACAAUACGUUGAAGAGGCGGCAAAUAAAGAUUGAGACUGAGGCAUGGGAAGAGGCAGCUAAAGAAUAUCAAGAAUUAAUAGCGGAUAUGUGCCAGCAGAAGCUUGCUCCCAAUUUGCCUUAUGUUAAGUCAUUGUUUCUUGGUUGGUUUGAGCCAUUGAGAGAUUCUAUUGCUGCUGAGCAAGAGGUGUGCAAGGGGAAUUUUAAGAUAAGUCAUGCUGCUUAUUUUAAUGAGUUGUCAGCGGAUAUGAUGGCGGUUGUUACAAUGCACAAAUUAAUGGGGUUGUUGAUGACUAAUACUGCUGGAACUGGGGGCAUUAGGGUCGUUCAAGCUGCUUGCCAGAUUGGUGAAGCCAUUGAAAAUGAGGCCAGGAUACAGAAGUUCUUGGAGAAGACAAAGAAAAAGAACACAACAGAUAAAAAAUCUGUCACUGAAUCUGAACCUGAGACCACUGAACAAGGGAAACUGGCCAAAAACGAGGAAAAGCUGAGGAAAAAGGUGACUCAGUUGAUGAAAAAGCAAAAGGUGCAUCAGGUACGGGAAAUAGUGAAGGGACGUGAUACUUCAAAGCCUUGGGGUCAGGAGGCACAUGUUAAGGUUGGCUGCCGUCUGAUUCAGUUAUUGAUGGAAAACGCCUACAUACAACCACCAGUUGAUCAGAUAGGAGAUGGCCCACCGGAUAUUCGCCCUGCAUUUGUACAUGCUCUAAAAAAUGUCAUCAAAGAUGGAAACAAAGGGAGUAGAAGAUAUGGUGUUAUUGAAUGUGAUCCACUAGUUCGCAAAGGACUUGAGAAAACUGCUAAGCACAUGGUCAUUCCUUAUAUGCCGAUGUUAGUGCCUCCACAAAACUGGACAGGGUAUGACCAAGGUGCUUAUUUGUUUUUACCAUCAUAUGUCAUGCGGACACAUGGAGCAAAACAGCAACGUGAAACUGUUAAAAGAACUCCAAGGAAGCAAUUAGAGCCUGUUUUUGAGGCCCUGGAUACACUGGGGAACACCAAAUGGAGGAUAAAUAGAAGGAUUCUUGGUGUAGUAGACAGAUUAUGGGCUAAUGGAGGCCGUCUUGCAGACUUGGUUGACCGUGAAGAUGUUCCUCUGCCUGAGGAGCCAGACACUGAAGAUGAAACAGAAAUUCGGAAAUGGAAGUGGAAGGUAAAAGCUGUUAAAAAGGAGAAUAAUGAAAGGCAUUCACAGCGGUGUGAUGUUGAACUUAAACUUGCUGUGGCUCGAAAGAUGAAAGAUGAGGUUGGCUUCUACUACCCACACAACCUUGAUUUUCGAGGCCGAGCAUACCCUAUGCAUCCGUACCUAAAUCAUCUUGGCUCUGAUCUAUGUCGAGGUGUCUUGGAGUUUGCAGAGGGACGUCCCCUUGGUAAAUCAGGCUUACGCUGGCUGAAGAUACAUUUGGCGAAUUUAUAUGCUGGAGGAGUGGACAAGUUGUCCUAUGAGGGUCGAGUAGAAUUUACAGAGAGUCAUUUGGAUGAUAUCUUUGAUUCAGCGGACAGACCUCUUGAAGGAAAGCGCUGGUGGUUAAGUGCAGAGGACCCUUUCCAAUGCUUGGCAGCAUGUAUUAAUCUCUCUGAAGCUUUGAGAAGUUCCAUACCAGAGGCUACCAUUUCGCACAUGCCUGUCCACCAGGAUGGUUCGUGCAAUGGUUUACAACACUAUGCUGCAUUGGGAAGAGAUAAGUUGGGAGCAGCUGCAGUGAAUCUUGUUGCAGGCGACAAACCAGCUGAUGUGUAUUCAGGAAUUGCUGCCCGGGUUCUUGAUAUUAUGAAGAGAGAUGCACAGGAAGAUCCUGCAACAAAUCCUAAUGCGCUACAUGCACGGCUUUUAAUCAAUCAGGUUGAUCGGAAGCUGGUGAAGCAGACUGUGAUGACUUCUGUAUAUGGUGUUACUUAUGUUGGUGCACGUGACCAGAUCAAGAGACGGUUGAAGGAGCGAGGUGCUAUUGCAGAUGAUACACAGCUUUUCGUUGCAUCUUGCUAUGCAGCAAGAACCACCUUGACUGCCCUAGGAGAGAUGUUUCAAGCUGCAAGAAGUAUCAUGGGUUGGCUUGGUGAAUGUGCAAAGGUUAUAGCUUCUGAGAAUCAGCCAGUGCGUUGGGUCACUCCGCUUGGUCUUCCGGUUGUACAACCUUACCGGCAAUUAGGGCGGCAUCUUAUAAAAACUUCUCUUCAGGUGUUGACUCUACAACGAGAAACUGACAAGGUCAUGGUUAAGCGGCAGAGAACCGCAUUCCCCCCAAAUUUUGUUCACUCCCUUGAUGGCUCCCAUAUGAUGAUGACUGCUGUUGCCUGUAAAAAGGCAGGCUUGAAUUUUGCAGGGGUCCAUGAUUCAUACUGGACACAUGCAUGCGAUGUUGAUGAAAUGAAUAGGAUACUAAGAGAAAAGUUUGUUGAACUCUACGAGGCACCAAUAUUAGAAAAUCUAUUGGAAAGCUUUCAGAAGGCCUUCCCUUCAUUGAACUUUCCACCGUUACCUGAGCGAGGGGACUUUGAUCUUCGGGAGGUUCUGGAAUCUCCCUAUUUCUUCAACUAGCUGGAUGAGCGACUUAUGAUGGCAAUCAUAUAUAUUCUUUCACCAAAGGGAUGAGAUUGUGAAGUGGCAAAGCUCCUUUUUUCCACCUCAUUAAAGAGUAAGGUCUGAAGUGAAUGCAUCAACAAUGGGCUUGCUAACAACAGCCAUUACCCUGUGGGCAUUUUUGUACAUAUGUUAUACAAAAUAACCAAUUAGGAGAUUCCCUUCAAAUUUAUUGCCCCAUGGCUGAAGUUGGGGCGUUGGUCCGCUAUAUUUAAAGGAUUCAAAGAAAUAAACGGCGCCAAUGGUCUUGAAACUAGGCUGUUCAAUUUAAGCUAUACAGAAGUGAUUGAGGAAGUGAUCUAGAGCAAGAAUGGGAACUUCAAUCAAGCACGCGGAUCAGCAGAGUUUUUUUUCCAAUUAUUGGAGCAACAAACCAUAGCAGCCCUGGACGCUGGUCUUUCCAUUGAUGACCAGGCUCAUUCAAGUGUAAUUAUGGGCAUCAUUGGUGUGUGUGUGUUCUUUGUUCCUCUAUUGUAUAUUUCACCUGUGACACAGUUUUCUGGAAUGGUGGUUGUUCCUUUGAAAAAAAAAAAAGUUUAUUUCUUAUAGUAAAAGAGGUUUAAGUUAAAA